AUGGAACAGGUACUCAUUCUACUGCUGGCUGUCACAGCUGUGAAUGGGUGUGGUGUGCCUAGUUACCCUCCCGACACCAGCCGUGUGGUGAAUGGUGAGGAAGCUCGUCCGUACAGUUGGCCAUGGCAGGUUUCUCUGGAGUCUUUCUUCCCUGCUUGUGGUGCAACACUUAUUGCUCCUGACUGGGUCUUGACUGCUGCACACUGCAUCACAUUUCACACAUAUAGGGUGGUUCUUGCUGAACAUGAUAUGAACAAAGAAGAGGGACCUGAACAGUCCAUCAGGGUGGCAAAAAUGUUCAUUCAUCCCAAGUGGAAUGACAACUGUGUGUCAUGUGGGAAUGACAUUGCCCUGCUUAAACUGGAGAAGAGUGCUGUUAUCCAUGACAAGGUUCAGCCUGCUUGCCUGCCACAACAUGGUGCUACUCUCACCCACAACCAGCCCUGUUACAUCACAGGCUGGGGUCGUCUCUACUCUGGUGGUCCACAGGCAACGACAUUACAGCAGGCACUGCUUCCUGUGGUGGCUCACAGUGUCUGUAAUCAAAGUGACUGGUGGGGCAGCUCAGCUAAGACAACAAUGGUCUGUGCAGGAGGAGAAAGCAAGUCAGCAUGCCAUGGCGACUCUGGAGGUCCUCUGAACUGUCAGGGUAGAGACGGCAGAUGGUACGUUGAAGGAGUCACUAGUUUUGUAGAUGGACGUGGAUGUAAUACACCUAAAAAACCCACAGUUUUUACUCGUGUGGCCUCUUUCAUCCCGUGGAUCAGUGAGACAAUGGCACAAAACUAAGGACGUUUUCAUAACUGGUGAAGAGACUAAACAAUAAACAUAGAAUUACAUUGUUUUCCAUUUGACCUGCAUUUUUAAUCUAUACAGAUUAAAGGAAAUGAUGUGGUUUUGAUAAAAA